UUCAACUGUGUACCUGAGAAUUCAACAUGAAUGUACAGGAAGCCUGCGAAUUUAUCCCAACACCUGUGAAUAUGAUCAAAACCAACAUGAACUGGCACCCCAACGCAGAAAUUGUGGUUGUACCUACCAAACUGGCAGGGACCGGCAGGAGGACAAUAAUCAUCAUGUCCUUUGUGCUAAUCAUCAUCAUUUUGGUCAUAACUGGGAUUGUCCUCUGGUACUUCCUGCUUGAACAACCUAAAGUCAACCACCCGAAAUAUCCGCUAAACUUUGUGGGUGGCCUGUGUAUAACGAAUAAAGAUUUUAACAGCAAUUACGCAGACAAAGCAACUGAUACGUUCGAAACAGAGAUGAAGGAAAUUGGUGAACAGGUCAAAGAAGCUUUCACCUCUUCAGACAUCAAGUCGUACUACAACAAGUCAAAGGUCUUCACUUUUGGUAAAGGCAGCCUGUUGUCUUACUUCUGGAUGGACUUCCGCGUUACGAAGAAACAGCAGGAAAACCUGACCACGGAUUUGGUGAAGUCAACCCUCAACAAACAUUUUCUGACUGAAUCGACUGACUAUCAGAUCCAGACAAUGGCUACCUCCAUAACCAAGAUGUCAAAAAAUGAUUUGAAAAUAUUGGCAGCAGCAACAGAUUGUCACAGUUACAGCUAUGUCAGUGCUGACCGAAGCAUCGUACUCAAAGGGCCUGAGUCAGACUCCAAGAGUUGUUUCUGGCACCUGCAGGGUCCGCCUGGGCUCCUGAUCAGACUGCAGGUAGAAUGGCUACUCAUCGGCUGUAGUGAUUGGAUUGCAAUCUACAACGAGGUGGCAACAACUGGCAAGACACUCUUGACGUCAUCAUAUAAAAUGGCCACCUUCCAGCGAUGUUAUCGGUCAGGGAGUUGGGAACAGUGUAAAAUUGUAACUGAGAACUGUUCCAGGAAUAUCACAUUGACAGAAGGAUGGGAAAUCCAAGGAAAUGCGAGCACGCCAUAUUUCCCCAGUUACUAUCCACCAAACACAGAGUGUACCUGGCAUUUUACUGUGCCAUCCCUGGACUACGGAAUCACGCUGUGGUUUGAUGGGUAUGAGCUGGACACUCCAACCUUCACUAAACCCUGCUCGCAAGGCCAGUGGAAGGUACAAAACAGGAAGCUGUGUGGGCAGAGGGUGCUGCAGCCGUAUGCGGAAAGACUGUUUGUCAUGUCGCUGACCACAAUGGUGACCUUCACUUCUGAGGUGACCCUCACAGGCCCUGGAAUCCAGUUCUCCUACAGCCUCUUCAACCAGUCAGACCCCUGCCCUGACAAAGUUCUGUGCUCCAUAUCUGGCCUGUGUGUCACCGAAUGUGAUGGGCUAAAGGACUGCAGCAAUGGAGUGGAUGAGAACAAUUGCGUUUGCCCUGCACAGUUCCACUGCGCUGAGGGAAAUACCUGCCUGUCCUUACUGAACGUCUGCAAUCAGGUUGGAGACUGUGAGACAGCCGACGAUGAACAGAACUGCGAUGAGGAAAGCCUGUUGGAGAGUUGGGAUGAAUCUGUCUGGAAAUCUGUGGGUGGAAAUUGCCCCUCUCUAGAAGUCACCGAGCGCAAGGUGAUGAGAGGGCAAACAAUCAAUUAG